AGAGCGGAGCGCGCGGUGUGCGUUUGGACAUGUCACGCUGCUGCUUUACGCACAAAACCAGAUAGAUGAGAGAGGUUAAACAGACGCGGGCUCUGCAAAACUAAACUAACUUGCAGAAAGUUGGUUGUUUUUUCUCCUGAUACAGCGGCAUUCAGUGCGGUGGUGGUGCGGAUGAAGCUCCCAUCUCGCCGCGUCACCGUCCGGACAACUUGUCGUCUUUCCUCACGAAGUGGAAUGGAGACAAUCUAAAAAGAGAGCAGCGUGGGAACUUUAAAGGGCUUCACUUUUGGACAUCAUCGAACGAAAGAGAGAGCAUGAUCCCUCCGGCAAACAUGAUUCAGGACGAAAGUGGGGUCAACGCAGACGAGCGCGAACACGAAGAGAGUCCAAAAUCACCCACCGCCAGCCAACACGAGACUAAGCUGCAGAGACUAAAGCGCUCACUGUCCUUCAAAACCAAGAGCAUCCGCAGUAAAAGUGCAGACAACUUCUUCCGUAACAGCAGUGAAAACAAGACGGAGCUCCUGUCGGACGUGAGCAGCAGCACAGGGCAUCUGUGCAACAUCGGCAUGGCCCCCCCUGCCAUCCCCUCCGCUCCCCCGGCCAUCCCCUCUGCCCCUCCGGCCAUCCCCUCAGCCCCCCCUCCCACCUCACGCCCGCAAGCCAGGAACCCCCUGCACGACUCGGCCGGACACUGUUUCAUGGAACACAUCUUCAAGAAGCCCACCUUCUGUGACGUCUGCAACCACAUGAUCGUAGGUACCACAGCCAAACAUGUGGUGUUUUUGGCGGGAAACACAGCGAAGCACGGCCUGCGCUGCAAAGCCUGUAAGAUGAGCCUCCACCACAAGUGUGAGAAUGGAGUGGGGCAACAGCGCUGUAUGGGCAAACUGCCAAAAGGAUUCAGGAGGUACUACAGCUCUCCACUGCUCAUCCAAGAACAGUACGGGUGCAUCAAGGAAGUCAUGCCCAUCGCCUGUGGGAAUAAGGUGGACCCGGUGUACGAGGCGCUGAGGUUCGGUACUUCUUUGGCGCAGAAGGCCAAGAGGGCGAGCGGCUCGGAGACACCUCACCACAACUCGCUGAGUGACUUGGACAAUGUUCCAGAGGAGGUGGUGGCACACAGCAGUAAGCAGGAGCUGUUCAGGAAACACAGUGAUGACGUUUUCACAGUUUUGGAGAAUGGAAUGGAGCAUUGCUUUCCACCUGAGAGAGUAUACAACAAUUCAGUGAUGGAGCCCACUCAGCUUCACAGAGACGUCUUAAAGCUGGACACAUACGUGGCCUUGUACAGCUACACCGCCCAAGAGAGCCACGACCUGGACGUCCAAGCUGGAGACAGAAUUCUGUUGGCUGACGACUCCAAUGAUGACUGGUGGAAAGGGGUGAUCGAGGACAGGAUCGGCUAUUUCCCAGCAGCCUUUGCUCACCAGGUGCAGGGCAGUGACCAGGUGUACAGGUGUAACAGGACGUUCAUUGGCUGUAAAGAGCAAGGCCAGAUGACCCUGAAGGAAGGACAGAUCUGUGUGAGCAGUGAACCAGAGCACAACGGCUUCAUCCGAGUGGCGAGUGGCAAAAGGAGAGGCUAUGUCCCGUGUGAUGUUCUGGAGAUGAUCUGAGAAGAAGACCCACACAAAAGACUGCUCCUGAGAUGGCUGUAUUCUGGCUCUAAAUGGACUGGCUUUUUAAAAUCUCACUUUGUUUAAGAAGAUGAGAUGAUUUUUGAUUGGCCAGCGGUACUCAAAAUGGCGCCUUUAAACAGGAACCUAAGCCCGUGAUUAUAGCAGUAUAAUUUAUUGAGAGAAGAUAGAGUCGGCGGUCUGGUUGAAUAAAUAUAGUGGGAUAAUUGACCUUCCUACUGAUAUAACUUCAGUAGGCUGAUUCAUUCUUUUGAGUAUGUUUGCCUCACUUUGGUUAAGAAGAUUUAUUUACUGUUUUGGGAGGUAUCUGUUAAUUCAAUCACAUUAUGUCUAUAAAUACAAAUAAGCAAAAAUGUGAGUGACAAAUUGUCUUCAACAUGCUAUUUAUGGAUAAUGAAAUAUUAGCACUGUUACCAUAGUAAUUAACAAUCAAAAACUAGCUAAAUCUUUUGAUCUGCAGUACUCAAAAUGGGUCCUUUAAACGGGAGGGUGAAACCCAUUAAAACAGCUGGAUCAUUUAUUGAGAUGAGGCUUACAAAGAAGAAUGUUUUGUCGUCAAGUUGGAUAAAUAUAGUGAAAUAACUUACCAUAUUAAUAAUAGAACUUGAGAAGGUUAAUUUGUCACUUUCAAGAAAAUACCAAGCUCCUCCCACCUCCUACAUGUGGGAAAUCAUUGCAUUCAAGAAUCUGAAAACAAUAAAAAGUAUUUGUUAUACAUGACAUACUGUUAGGCAAUGCAUUUACAAUUAAUGUUUAUUUUUCAUUUUGACAUUCACAAAUGGUUUGGUAAAUGUGCUGAGUUCCUUCAUUUACGAGGAGACAGCUGGCCAAAAGGUGAGACGGAACAGUUUGCUCACGUAUUUAAAAUUUCCUAACCUUAUUUUUGUAUUUGUGUUCCCAGACAUGUCAAAUAUAGCUUUUACUGAUAUUCCAUUUAUUUAUGUUAUAAUUUGGUGAUUUGAUUCUCAAGAUGAUUAUCCGAUCAGAAAGCAGAAUGACAAUCACACGAGUCUCUCAUUUAGGUUGCCAGUUUCAGAGCUGAAAUCGAGUUGGUUUAAACCUAAUCUCUGAUCUGAAUGUUCACUGCCAAAACCCCCAGCACCUGCAGUCAAUCAUUAACCAGUGCUAGUGCAGCCUCUGCAGCUCAGCGAGUGGAUUCUAGAGGUUCUGAGCCUUUCACAUGAGACUUGCCUGUCCAUAUACUGAAAAAAAUCAUGUAUGUGUACUUUAUCUGUAGGUUUAGACAAUGGCACCCAGGCUUAGUCAUGAUCAUAGUACCUUUUAAACAGCAAGAGCACAGGCUGUAUACAGUUCAGUGCUAUGCCAUUAAUAAAGCACAAGUCUGGUUUAUGUUUUGUGGAGAUUCACUAUGGAAUUCAAAUUGUGUUUUAGUUUGUGAUGGAGCGAGAACUGUGAUUCAUAAUGUUUGGUUGGUAAGACAUUUACAAAAAAAUGUAAAUGGAAAAAAGAAUUUAAUCAACCACUUAGCAUGCCGUUUACAGCGGUUAAUAUGUGAUCCCUAAACUAAAAUGUUACCGUUUGGUUUUGUUGGACUAGUACUGCAGACAUAUCUGGGAUGGGUUAACAGCUGUGUUUCCUUCAUUAAGACUUUGACUGUACAGUGUCUGCCAUACAAGGGAGGAGGUGUUCUGCAUGUGGUUUCUCGAAGUACAUAAUAACACGGGCGAUUGUGUACAGAAAUAUGCUUUUAUAAUAACUGCAUUUAUAGCAUGAUGUAUAGAGACAAUACUGACCUGCACUGAGCUUUUUGAAAACAGACAUUGUUCAAUUGUACAUAUGUAUAAGAAUAAAACGUUUCUUUGUUACAUUA